AUGACUGAAGAACCGCAGCUGGGUUCUAUCCAGCAACGGAUCGCUGCUCUUAAGCAGUCCCAAGCGGCGCAGAAUAGCGCUGAGCCGCCUCCAUUCCUCCGCCCGCCCACCCAGCGAAGCAAAUCGGCCAACAUCCCUCCAUCUUACGCCGUGACUGGCUCGGUCAUAGACAACGCUUCGAUUGGAAAUGAACCUACCAAUUUACAGACACAACGAACGGCCCCACGACCUCCCCCAAGUCCCUCGCCGAAGCCAGAAUUGAAACCCAAAAAGGCCCCGCCGCCAUUGCCUACGCGCCGAUCAGAUCGCCCGCCUCCCCCUCCUCCACCUAUUCGCUCCGAGUCCCCAGCUCGGCCAGAAGCGCCACCGCGGCCGCAACUUCCAGCGCGACAGGAAUCUCGUCCCUCUCUGCCUCCGCGUCGACCUACACAACUGUCACACAGGCCAUCGCAGGAAUCUGUCUUGUCUGACGCGUCUCACUCGACAACGGCUACUAGCACUGGCCGCGGCGCUUCGACGACGUCUGUCAACUCCACCGGCAACGGUCGUAUCAAAGCGCCGGCAUGGGGUGAGACAGAGCUGCCCGUGCUGCCUCCUAGGCGGCCAAGGGAAGACCCAAUCGAUUUGACGCCGGCUCCACGCUCUGAGCCCAAGUUCAGCGCAGGUGGAUUGACGGGGAAGCUAUCUGCCCUGCGAGGGAAGAUUCCUGGAUCUUCAUCCUCAUCCUCCUCUACACCAUCUCGUCCAAGUGUACCUUCCCGUCCAUCGGCUAGGGACCCAUCUCCUUCCGGUCCUCGACUCCCCCCGCGCCGGCCGUCUGGGGUAGAGACACAAACAGAUGGCACGAAUGGUGAAGCAGAGGAAGAAGAAGCGAGGCCCAGUCUACCAGCCCGGCGGUUGCCACCACCCUCGGCCGUGAACAACCUUCCGGAUGCUCGAAAACUAGGGUUUGGUGGACUGAAUAAGAGCCCGAGUAUCCCUGCGCGGCCGAGUAGCACACCAACGGAGAAUGGUGUUGCCAGCAGGGCCCCUCCGCCAGUGCCAACUGGAUCUCGACCAGAUCUCGCCAAACUGAUUGCAACCAAGCCACGCUUCAACGGUUCUCUUCCCGGGGCUACUGCACCCGCAGGCGGCCCUAGCACGGAAUGUCUGGUAUGCCGAGAUUUCUCUGGUCCAGAUGCUCGUGCGGCACAGUAUCCACGAGAAACACUCCCCACGCACGAUUUGGGCUGGCUGGCAAAUGAGCUUACUGCUCCAUUCCCAUCAUUAACCGACAAGGCCAGAGUGAUCUUUACAUGGCUGCACCACAACAUCAAAUACGACGUAGUGGCCUUCUUUAAUAAUGCCGUGAAGCCUUCCACGCCAGCAAGUACGUUAGCCAGUGGAUUAGCAGUAUGUGAGGGCUAUGCUGCGCUGUUCGCGCUACUAGCCACAAAGGCAGGACUCGAAGCCAUCGUGGUAGGUGGCCAUGGCAAAGGAUACGGUCACACACCUCUUGCCCCUGGCCAACCUGUGCCACCGUAUGAUGCAGGCCAUGCCUGGAACGCAGUCAAGAUUGACGGGGGUCAGUGGAAGUUGAUCGACCCAUGUUGGGGAGCCGGAGCGGUUAAUGGCCACGGGCAGCCAUACAUUCAACGCUUCGAGCCGCACAUGUUCACCAUCUCGAACGAAGAAUUCGGUCUGAAACAUUACCCGGGCAACAAGGAUCACUUCUUCCGCAGCGAUGGACGACACAUCAGCUGGGAAGAAUAUAUCACCACGGACCCGGACGCACCAAACGGUGUUAAAUCCCUCCAAAUCUAUUCCGAUGCCGACAAGCAUAGUAUCGGUCGCAAGACCAUCUCCCCAGCUGGCAGCAAGAUCUCUAUCUACAGCAGCCAGGGCCCCAUGCGCUUCCAAUUCGGCCUCCUCUGCGAGCACUGGACACUUGCUCGACACAGUCGGCAAAAACCCGGCCUCUUCCUCCUGAUGAUCCACGGUGUAGACGGCCGCAAAGAAGACCGUCUCCCCUUCAUCCACGUCCCUGGGACUGGCCCCGGCGGAGGCGGCGACAUGUGGUAUGUCGAUGUGGCAGAGGCCCGUCAACUAGGUGCUCCGGGCCAGAAAGUACAGGUUGCGGUUCUGACGAAGCUUGGUGAGCGUCAUGAUUGUCGGGGUGUUACUGCGCAGGAGUAUCAGUCGCAGGUCGGUCGGGUGGGGAUGUCUUGGGCGUAUAUUGCGGACUGGACUUUGGAACGGUGA